AAAAUGGUAGGCCGAGGGUAGAGUUUCUUUAUUUUCUCGCCUGUAAAGGUUAACGACCUUGUACAGUACUGUUUUGAGCACUGUACCCUUGUACACAGCUAGGGUGUACACUGUACACUACAGUGUUGUAAAUGUGAAAUAUAAGUGAAAAUGUGAGUUUACAAUGGGACGUAGUUCAGGUGGAGCACAGGAGGGAUUAAAGGAGAUGGAACAACGGGAUUCUCCUCUCCUGGAUCAGGAUGAAGGAGGAGAAGGAGAAGAAGGAGGGAUGAAUGAACGAGGAAGGAUGGACGAAGAGAAAGGAGAAUAUUUGAAUCGAACAAUCAGUUUAGAUUUUCAACUAACCGACAUUCAACAACUACAAAAAACAAUCAGAUCUAUGUCUGAUGACCAGAGUUCAGGCUGUUGUCCGUCUCUGUUUGAACGAGCUUCUUACACCUGGUGGAGUCCAAGGUUUGAUUCUGAUAUUCUGGAAGGACAGUUUUGGAGAUCUACAUUCCCCAGAACUACAAGAAGAUUCCAGUUUGGUUUGGCAUAUCUUCUACUUCUCUGCCUAACAUGGGCCAUUUAUUUUCCUGUUGUUGCUACCCCUCACUGGUAUAUGUUUCUUGUAUCUUCUCUAUCUGCUGGAACGAUUGUGUUCCUAAUGUUCCUGGUGACUGUAACGCCUCUCUACACAAAACACUGUUUUAAAGUGUCGUUUCUUCUCUGUGUUCUUCUAUGUUCCCUUUCCCUUCUAGUGUACCUGAACCUACCAAUAGCUGAGGUCAGGAAUGGGCAAACCGAGGAGUUCUCCAGCAAUUUUAGUUUACAUAAUCAGAAAUCCUUGUAUGGGUUUGAAGAUCUCACUAAAGAAGAAUACAUUCAGCUUAUUUCAUCAAAUACAUUAGGAACCACGGAUAUCAGUGAAGCAGGACUUUUUGCACUGUAUGUUGAGGUUCUUCUUCUCGUAUACACUGUAAUCCCUCUGCCUUUGUACCUGACCCUGCUAGUUGGGUUUUCUUAUACCUGCUUAUUCGAGAUCGUAGCGGUCACACGGCUACCUGCCAGGAAUUAUAUGACAAUGAUUGUUCAAGUUCUGUUGCAUAUUUGUGUACACGUGAUAGGUUGUCAUAUACUCAUCAUGACGCAGGUCCGGAUGAGGGACACGUUUAUGAAGGUUGGGCAGAGUUUGCUUGUGAAAAGACAGCUAGGAAUGGAGAAACAACUGAAGGAGAAAAUGAUUCACAGCGUUAUGCCUCCCAAGGUUGCGGAUUGGUUGAUGAAGGGAGGGCAUGGAGGAGAUGAAGAUGAUGAUAUGGAUAUAGAUUCGGAAACAGGUUCAAUGAUGAGAAAAAUCUCCAGUCCUAGAUCAUCAAACCAGGGAGAUUUACGGACGAUGUUUCGUCCGUUUAAUAUGAAUGCAAUGGACAAUGUUUCGAUUCUGUUUGCAGAUAUUGUAGGAUUUACCAAAAUGUCGACCAACAAGACUGCUAGUCAAUUGGUUGGAUUACUCAAUGAUCUCUUUGGUAGAUUUGAUAGAUUAUGUCUUUGCUGUUCAUGUGAGAAGAUUAGUACUCUUGGAGAUUGUUACUACUGUGUGUCAGGGUGUCCUGAACCCACGCCAGACCAUGCUGCUAACUGUGUAGAAAUGGGUUUAUCAAUGAUAAAGGCAAUAAAAGAGUUUGAUGAGGAUUGUAAUGAGAGUGUAAAUAUGCGUGUAGGAAUCCAUACUGGAACAGUGCUGUGUGGAAUUGUCGGGAAAAAAAUGUUCAAAUUCGACGUUUGGUCUAACGAUGUAACUUUAGCUAACAAGUUAGAGAGUACAGGAGAGCCUGGAAGAGUACAUAUUAGCGCAAAAACCUACGCUUUUUUAGUUGAAGAUUAUUUUGUACAACCAGGAGAGAAAUUUAAAGAUGUGGACACAUUCUUUAUCACUGGGAGAAAACCAACUUCAGUUUAUCAACUUAGAGCUGACACACAAAUAAAAGAUCAAGCAGUCAACAAUAAUAAUACUCAAAAGAUAAAACUAAGAGAGAUUACUCCAAACGGGACGAAAUCAUUGCCUGCUCUAGGUAGUGUAGGAAGUGAGGGAGAAGGAAAAGUUAUAAAUAAACUCUACAAAUUUAUGAGACAAAGAUCUGCUCCGUCUGACGGCUGCUGUACACCUGUUCUUUUAUCUCAAUCCUCGUACAAUGAUAGAUUUAUCACAAUUCCUGAAAUUAGUAAAAGUGAAGGAUCAACUCCUGCUCGGGACUUGAGGGACUCUAUGGAAAGCACAGAAAACUCAUCUCAACCUGGAGAAGGUUCAAGUUCAAACCCUGAGCAAGGUUCCAGUUCAAACCCUGAGCAAGGUUCAAGCUCACACCCUGAGCAGAGUUCAAAUUCGAUGUCCCAUGCUGUGUCAACGCCAGCUCAUCUAGACCCCCCCUGUUCAAUACCAACCCUAGAUCAACCCUGUUCCAAACCAACCCUAGAUCAACUCUCCUCAGAAUACAACCUGGAUUCUAACAAAAAGGUUGACCUAGUCCCCUGCCCGCUGGUCAGCAUGGAUUCAGAGUUUGAUAUUGUGCCUGGAGAAAGGAGUCCUAUACCAGACUCUAAAGAUAAUGGGAUUAGGGAUAUGGAACAAGGACCAUUACGGGACCCUAAUAUAGAAUCAGGAUUUAUGAAGGUCCCUGAAUUGGGACUGAGAGGGGGCAGAAGAGAUUCUACAGCUGCAGAAAAAAGAAAUGAUUAUAAAAAUAGUAUUCAUGAAAACCCUCUCCACUCCCUGGUAAUAUAUCGAGACUUCAAAAAAAAAAUAUCACUAAUUAAAAAUGACAAUAAAAUUAUAAAAAGUAUUUGCAAUGAUGGUUUAGAAAUUGAGUCUCUUGCCACAAACUCAAAUUUUCUAAUCCCAAUAUCUUUGAACCUGACAAAAUUUCAUCAGUUGAGAAAACAAUCAGAUCUGGUGAUGAUCAAGAGUGUACAAGAAGACGCUUCUCAUCAUCAUUACUUCACUAAACCUCCCCUCCACCCGCUUAGUUUAUUUUUCCUGGAUCCUAGCAUAGAAUCUGAAUACAGAAAAACUGGAUGGAAAUCCAAACAUAAUAUAUCAGAACAUGAAGAAACCACAUUAGCAACCUCUUCCUUUAACGCCUACUUUGAUAUUCUCGUAUCUGGUCUAGUCUUCUUGGUCACAUGCAUAGCAUGCUUUGUACAGUACAAGCCUGGUGAUAUAUGGGUUGCCAUUUGCUUGGUUGCCGCCGCUUACCAUUUAUUGGUCGUCGCUGUCUGUAUCAAACAGAUGGUAGAUCCUAGUCAGACAAGAUCAAGAUUCAGAAAUAUGUACAGUUGGUGUAGAAGCUGGUAUCCUUCACAGGUUUUUGGAGCUUUCUUAGUUUCUCUGCCCGUAGUUUCAGUAAUAGGAAACCUUACCUGUCAGAACCUAGAUAUCUACACAGAUACCUCAAGAAAUUAUUUUUUGAACCUGUUGACUGUGAGUAUAGUUCAUUUCUGCAACUUUAAUCAGUUGUAUUGUUACGUGAAGAGCAUCCUAGCCAGUAUAUUUACUGGUUGUAUCCUUGUAUUCCUAGCAGCUCCUGGUUGCCCUUGUCCUGCUACAGCAUUCAAUACUACAGGAUCAGGAUUGGAGUCAGGAUGUAAACAAGUGUAUGAUACAUUCCUUGGAGAGCUUGCUCUUAACAUCACUCUGCUACUAGUUCUCCUCUGGCUGCUUUGCAGGGAGUUUGAAAUAAGUUAUCGAUUGAGUUUCCACUGCUCACUGCUUGCCGCUAGAGAUAAGAAGAAAGUACUCAACUUGAAAAACCAGGCCGACUGGUUACUGCACAAUAUCAUACCCAAACACGUGUCAGAGCAGCUGAAGAAAUCCGCAAAAUAUUCUGAGAAUCACAAAGAUGUCGGGGUCGUCUUCGCAACUCUCGUCAACUUUAACGAGUUGUACGACGAGUCCUAUAUGGGCGGGAAGGAGUAUCUUCGUGUCUUGAACGAACUAAUCAGUGAUUUUGACGAAUUGCUGGAUAAACCUGAGUUUAGAAAUAUUGAAAAGAUAAAAACUAUUGGAGCAACAUUCAUGGCGGCAUCAGGCCUGAACCCGCAUAUACGAGGAGAAAACCAUCAUAAAUAUCAACAUUUACAGGAACUGAUGGAAUUUACAUUUAGCCUGCAGAGGGUAGUUGAGGACUUUAAUCAAUCUCUGAUCGAGUUUGAUCUAGUGCUUAGAGUUGGUGAGAUCAAUCAAUCAAUUAAUCUGUAUUUUUUACCCUUAGAGAUGAUGGAUUCUACUGGAGUGGAUGGACGGAUCCAGGUUAAUGAACGAGCUAAAGAUGUUCUCAAGCAGUGGUAUGAGUUUGAGGAGAGAGGACAGAUAUUUGUCAAGGGAAAGGAUAAUAUGACAGUUUUUCUUUUUGUUAAGGUUAAGGAGAGUGCUUACAGGCUUUUCUAACUUUACUUAUAAAUUUUGUUAAGAUUAAAUUUCAAUAUUCAAUCUUUUUGUUUCUGCUUUUUUUCUUAUUUUUAUGAUGGUGGAUGAUUACCUCCCGCCCCCAUUUAGUCAAUAAAUAAAAAAUUAAUGUUUUGGGGGACAGUAAAACCCACUAAAGUCUAAUAAAAUAAGAAAAUUAACCAUCAAUUUGAUCUUACUAAGGGGACGCGCAACCCUCCCCCCCUUUUAGUUACGGCACUGAUUCCGGGCCUGGUGUACUGCUCCGCCCCCUGCCCUGGCCCCGGUGUAAUGCCCCGCCUCCCCCCUGGCCCGGUGUACUGUAAUCUUUGUCUUCAUGUCACGUGAUAAAUGUUAAAACUAAAUUAAAUGUUUAAACUUGUUACUCCUGCUAAAAUAUUUCUAUUCCCUGCCAUAUUUUCAAUUUCUUUUUCGGAUUGAUUUUAAAAUGUCUAAAUCAUUACAUUAAUAUUCAUUUGUAGCGUUCCUCCCCCGUCAAGCUUUUUUAAAAGCCUUUUUAAAAAAUAAUAUUGCAUGGCUUGUGUUAAAUGCAAGCGAAUAGCUAUUUUAAUAAUUGGCUAAAAAUUAUGAUUAGUUAAACGUUUUUUAAUUUUGUUGAUCCUGAACUGAAAUUGAAAACCUAUUGUACAUUGAGAUUAGGUUGCUUUGACUCUUUUUCAUGGAAAUUAUAGAUAUUUCGAAAAUAGUUUUAAAUAAUCUAAUAUUAAUAACAAAAAUUUACAAAUUAAUUUUUUACAAAAUACUUUAUCUUCUGUACUCUGUAACCUGUAAGUUUGCUAAAAGAUUUUAAAGUUUUUCAUCCAACAUUUCCUUGUUUAUCUUGUGAUUCUUCAAAUAUUGUUAACGUUUGAGAUUUGAACUGAAAUGUUUGUUUGUUAAAUGUUAAGUAAACAUAUUUAUAUAUUUGUUAACCUGUAACCUUUUAAUAAAAUUAAAGUAAGAAUAAUCUUUGCAUUGUUGUAAUCCCACAAAUUAUAAAUAUGUAUUGUACACACUGUUAGAAAAUAAUAUGUUUUUAAUAUCUGACAGGAAGAAUUUCAAAAUAACGAAUAAUUCGUUUGAAAUCGCGAACAUAGUGGUAGGAAUUUUGUUUAUUUGGAAUUAUUAUCAUUCUGUUCAUUAUUUCUAAUAAAAUUAUAUACCUUGAUCGAAUGCACAUCACACAAUGUAACCAAUUACAGCGUCUUUUUUUCAAGAGCAUUGCAACUAAUAGUACUCUUGCUAUUGUGUUCCGUAGCUUAUCAUGGAAUGUUGUAAUUGUUUACAUUUUUUUUACAAAAUUAAUUACAAAAUCCUCACCAAUUCGAUGUUUUAACUUUAUUCUUAUUUUUAAUAGGAAAAAGAAAAUAAUUUUACAUUAAAUCA